GCGACGCGACGUCAUUCAUCCGACGUGUGUCAUUUCCGUCCAGUCGAGGAUCCGCUCGACGAGCGGAUUACAGGAAAGAAGGAAGCAUGCUGGUGCACGUACUUCGGGAAUACAAUACCAAUCGAAUAUUUCUGUCGUGCUUAGGCUGUUGGCCGUUUCAGAGUAAGCUCGGUAAAUGUUUCUUACCGAUCUUCUGUUUCGCGCUCGAAAUAAGUUACUUGCCGUUCGAGAUACUGACGCUAUACGAGCACAGAAGCAGCGGCAAGAUAGUCUUCGAGAGCUGUUAUCAGAUGGUCAUAACUUUUGCUUUUCUCAUCAAGUUACUGAAUCAGCUUUGGAACCGCGACAAGGUUGGUCUCAUUUCGCACACACGUCGCUUGUUUGCUACUUUAAUCAUACUCGAGCUACGUUUUUCUCGCACGCACGCACGCCACACGCUACGUCUUUUCGCCGGCCGUUUUCCCGUUUCUCGUUGUCGCAAUCAGUUUCGUCGUAUGUACGAGAUCAUGGAGCACCAUUGGAACACGCUCACGAGCGAUCUAGAAACACGAGUCCUGAGAGACUACUCGGACAUAUCGCAGAAAUUUACCAAAUAUUACGCGAUAAUUAUAUACUGUAUGAUGUCGAUGUUUAUAACAAUACCAACCCUAACACCGUCGUUGCUCGACAUUUUGUUACCUCGCAACGAGUCGCGUCCGCGACAACUCGCGAUCUACGCCGAAUUCGGCGUCGACAAGGACGAGUACUUUGCGCCGAUCUUCUCUUACACCAGCAUUAUGAUCAUAGUGGGUAUCAGCAUCAUGGUGGCUGCCGACACCAUGCAUAUGGCAUGCACCGCACACGCUUGCGGCCUCUUUCACAUGAUUGGCCAGCAAAUUGAAAAUGUUUCGUCGUGCGUGAAAGCCAUAGACGAUCGAGUCAAAGUAUCAUCGUUGUCUUACGUAGUGGUCGACGUAGAUGCCAAAUUUGAGUCGUUGAACGAGCGAAUGAUAUAUCAGGAAUACAUUGUGUGUCUGAAGAAGCAUCAACUUGCUCUGGAGUAUGUCGAUAUACUGAACGACACGCAUCGAAUCGUCGCGAUUAGUUUUUCCCUGCUGAUCGGAGCGACUUUCAGUCUCGUCGGCAUUCGAAUCGUCUAUGUGUUGGACCAGCUGGAAGAAAUGAUUAGGUUCACGUUCAUAAUUAUGGGGGCGUUGCUGCAACUGAUGAUCGUAUGUUACUCCGGUCAAAAAUUAAUGGACGAAAGUCAAAACAUAUUCCAUCGAGCGUACGCCGCAGAGUGGUACAGGUUCUCACCGAGAUUAAAAUCAUUGUUAAUCAUUACUCUUUACCGAAGCAUCGUACCGUGCAAAUUGACAGCGGGUAAUUUGUAUCCGUUGUCGAUGACGAUCGCCGCUACGGUGAGUACAAGAACCCGUACAUUUAGAGAAAUCGACUUGCUAUAUACACUUACUGUAUAAAAUUCGCAACUUACGUGUUUCCCCUCUCUGUGUGUGUGUGUAUGUGUGUGUGUGUGUCUCUUCACAUUGCGAUCCAGGUGAUACGAACGGGCAUGUCUUAUUUCACGGCAUUCUUAUCGCUGAAAGAAUAGCCGAAGGAUUAACCUGAGAGAGUUCAAAAGAGUUCUUUGUGAGAGACUUCAACUCUUCUCCGUCUUCUUGAUCGCGCACGAUCGAUCAUCGAUUCGGUGCGGUGAGACGAUGAGGAAAUCUGAAGAUCGUCGUAAAUUCGAAUUUCGCUAAUCUGUGGUAAACUAAAAGGAGGCAGCAGCUCGCAAAGUAUAUAGUUUUAUUCAACAAAAAAGGAAAAAGGAAUCACGUUCAUCAUUAUUAAAUUAACACGGUUUUCUAAUAAUAUCAGCUGGUGAGACUAUAAUCGAUAUCACAGCAUUUUUUUGUAGGUAGACGUCCCUAAUGUCAGUCUCUUAAAAAGGAAGAAAAAAAAAAAA